UAAAAGGAAUCUCAACCUUGCUUUUCUCUCUGUCUCACUCUCUGGACUGUGUCAUGAGAAGCUGUGGACAAUGCCGGGAUUAGGGGUUCAAGAGAAGAAACAAUCGAGGUCGGGUUUCAGAGCUUGGGACGAUAGUCCUGAUUCUGUAAGCUUCACACAGGAUUCGAACUUCAGUCUCUUCUCUUCCACUUCUGGAAGUGUUGAUCGUUGCUCAUUUGCAUCUGAUAUUCACGAUCACGAAGCUUUAGUUUCUGAAAUCUCUAAGCAUUUUGCAGGACGCGAGCGUGAUCACUGUCGGUGUUCGAGUGGCCCAGAUCUAGAUCACAACAGACUCGGUACAGUCAAUAAGAACAGUCUCCCACCCACAAAAGGAGAAAAGGCGAAAGAACGAGAGGAAGAAGAAACGGAGACAGAGGACGAUAAUCAAAUCCCAGAUCCACCGCAAGAUUCCUUCUCCCAAGCUCUCCAAGAAUGUCACAACAGGCGACUUAAAUCUGAUGCUGUAGUGACUGUGAAAAGGUCAGAGAGGCGAAGACCUGCUUCCUUUGAUCUGAACAAUCAAGCGAGCGAUGUCACCAGCUCUUCGCCGCGUUUGGAGGGCAUGAAAAAGAGCACCGUUACUUCUCGCAGAUCCGGUGCAUUCCCCAGCCCAGGAACGCCGAAUUACCGACACGGAACAGCAGCGAUGCAGAAAGGAUGGAGCUCAGAACGGGUUCCAUUGCCAGUGAACGGCAGCCGGAGGUAUGCGACUGCUGCCCUGUUGCCUCUCAACAGUGGAAGGACCUUGCCCUCCAAGUGGGAGGAUGCAGAGAAGUGGAUUUUCAGUCCGGUUUCGGGAGAUGGAGUGAUCAGAUCUUCGUUGCCACAUCCACAGAGACGACCGAAGUCGAAGAGUGGACCGCUUGGGCCACCGGGGAUUGCCUAUUAUUCGACUUAUUCGCCAGCCAUGCCGAUGUAUGAAGGUGGCAAUGUCGGUAAUUUCAUGCCAGGUUCUCCGUUUUCUGCUGGAGUACUGGUAGCAGAUGGUUUUACCGGUCGUUGUGUUGAUGGCGGUGGACAUCUUCCGGCGGCCGUGGACCCUUGUAUAAUGCGGUCGGCUAGCGUGCAUGGUUGCUCGGAUAUGUUGAGCCAGUCCUUGUUGCCGGGGACACAAGACACAAGACCAGAUGGCACCAAGGAUGCAGCGACCAUGAUUUCUCGUGCUGUUUCAAGAAGGGACAUGGCAACACAGAUGAGCCCUGAGGGUAGCACCCACUCGUCUCCCAAAGGGAGGCCUUCAUUCUCGCCCUCUCCUCCUCCUUCACUCCUUCCCAUUGUGGAGCUGCAGAGCUACCAUUCCACUAAAUCAGAAGUCAGGGAUGUGCAAGUAGAUGAGCGGGUCACUGUGGCAAGAUGGUCCAGGAAGCGUACUACCCGACUACCUGCAAAGGGGCCACUAGAUGCUGAGGAGUGGAGAAAGAAAGCCGCAGAAGCUCAAGUCUCCGCUUGGGAAGUUGCAGAUACGACGAAGUGCAUGUCAAAGAUUAAAAGGGAGGAAGCCAAGAUCACUGCAUGGGAGAAUUUGCAGAAAGCAAAGGCUGAAGCAGCAAUGCGGAAACUAGAGAUGAAACUGGAGAAGAAGAGAUCAUCUUCUAUGGAUAGGAUCAUGAACAAGCUGAGAUCAGCUCAGAGGAAGGCACAAGAAAUGAGGAACUCUGUGUCUGUGAGCCAGGCCCGUCAGGUAACUCGGACUUCCGGUAGGGUUCUGUCUUUUCGCAGGACUGGGCAUAUGGGUUCCUUCAGUGGUUGCUUCACUUGCCAUGCCUUCUGAUGACUCAUUCACUGUGUAUUUGAUCCUCUUCUACGUUUGAACACCUGGCAGAGAAGAACUAGCAGAGAAAUAAGGGAGAAAUAAUGGAUAUUGGCAUGGAGUAUGGUACAAUUCAGUUUUGUAGCAGCAUGAAGGACUCAGCUCAAAGAAGUACCACAAAUGAGAUAUUAGAUUCACCCUCAUCAGCAUUCAGUUGGGAUAUCAAGUAUAUAAAUAAUGUCAAUAAUGGUCUAAAGUGCAAUCGAAAUACGUUUCUUGAACUCAAAAGAUUUAUCAAGCGUGAUAAUUACUCCCAAACAGGAAUUCCAGGAUG